GAGUCAUGUUUAUGCUGCCAGUCCCUGAACUAAGAGGGUGAAAGUCUGGUGGAGUGAAUGGAGACGCGGAAAAAUUGGAUAAAAGGGGGAAAACGACAGUGAAGUGAACAAGUGACACAGGUAGCAGAAAAGGAAGCUAAAAUAAUGAAGCACAGACUAUAAACAGUGAUGCAAAACAAGUGGCGUGGAGAGUGCAAACGAAGCUUCUCUCUGGCAUGCUGAACAGCUCUGGGCCAAGGAAAAGCCGAGGCCAAACGAAGGGCCAAUGUGAAACCCGAGGAGGCCUAAGCUAGCAACUCUUAUGCAUAGCUCGAUCAAUCACUGCAUCAUGGAUGACGGGAAGGUAAAGUGCAUUCGGCUGGUCAGCAUUUUCGUGGUGAGCAGCGUCCUGUGCGCCGCGCUGUACUGCCGACUCGUCUGGGAAACCACGAGCCCAGACACGUUGAUAAUCUUGCUGACGGUGCUGCUCCUCUGCUGCCUGGUCGAAUGGUGCUGGAAGCCUAUCCUCUUCCUGAAGUGCUCCUCGGACAACGAUCCAACGGAUGACGACGCCGUUCCGAUCGAGCCGAACACGCCCUUGGUAUACGCGGAAGAACCACCUUCGUAUGACCAGGUCAUCCUACAGGAUCGUCAGUCGAGUGUGCUCUUUCUGGCAGAAAUGCAAGGCUCAAGACAACUUCACGGCUCUUUGCCGGGCCAUGAACCCCAGGCAGAGGAGGGGGCGUGUGAGGGCCAAAGACACAGCUCACGUCACGGGGUUCCUCCUGCAUAUUCCAAUUCGCCUUACUUUGUAGCGAACGAAAUCCAGUUGUCGGUAGACGGACUACCUAGUUAUAAUGACGCUGUUGCUUCAAUGCAGGAGACUGCACGUUGCAGAGGAGAAUCCGAUUCUAAUGACGGAUAUUCGGUGUUUAUGUAGUGUUGUGAUUUUGUUAUCUUAAAAGCUUGAAUUUAGGACUUAAAGGGAUAAGUAAUUCAUCUGUGAGUGGUGUUUUUUUUAGCUAGUUAAAAUGGCAACUAGAAAGAUUAACCUGCCUACAAAGGGACAUUAUUGGCCUACACUGGGCAUAAAUAAUACAUUAAACGGACAAUACAGUGAACACUAAAAACUUCUUCAUAAGCCCUCUAGAAGUUCACUUUUAUAUAGGUUUAUUUCAAACCAAUUUCAAUACGCAGACUAUAAACAUUCGAAUAUAUGGAACUAUAACAUUUGAAUUAAUGAUCAUUCAUAACAACCUACCGACCGGUUUUACUCCAUGUACUCCCUCGCAAUAUAUAGUACAGUGCCUUCC